CCGAGGGGCGGGGAGCCGGCGUGCGCGUGUGUGCGGAGCGCCGGGGAGGCCGGCCCUUAGUGUAACCGGAGCUACAAAGGAGGCGAGUCCUCCAGAGGGAGGGAGGGCGGAGCGGCGGCGGCGGCGCCGGGGGCAUCUCCGCCACCCUCCCCGGGAAGGAGGCCCUGGCCGCGGCCCCCGCGCCCGCGCCCCCCGGAAUGAUGAAGAAGAACAAUUCCACCAAGAGGGGGCCUCAGGAUGGAAAUCAUCAGUCUGCACCGCCCGAGAAGGUCGGCUGGGUCCGGAAAUUCUGCGGGAAAGGGAUUUUCAGGGAGAUUUGGAAAAACCGCUAUGUGGUGCUGAAAGGGGACCAGCUCUACAUCUCUGAGAAGGAGGUGAAAGAUGAGAAAAAUAUUCAAGAGGUGUUUGACCUGAGUGACUAUGAGAAGUGCGAAGAGCUCCGGAAAUCCAAGAGCAGGAGCAAGAAAAAUCAUAGCAAGUUUACUCUCGCCCACUCCAAGCAGCCCGGGAACACGGCGCCCAGCCUGAUCUUCCUGGCAGUGAGUCCAGAAGAGAAGGAGUCCUGGAUCAAUGCCCUCAACUCCGCUAUCACCCGCGCCAAGAACCGCAUCUUGGAUGAGGUCACCGUUGAAGAGGACAGCUAUCUUGCCCACCCCACUCGAGACAGAGCAAAAAUCCAACACUCCCGCCGGCCCCCAACUCGGGGACACCUAAUGGCCGUGGCUUCGACCUCUACCUCGGAUGGGAUGCUGACCUUGGACCUGAUCCAGGAGGAAGACCCUUCCCCUGAGGAACCCACUUCUUGUGCUGAGAGCUUUCGGGUCGACCUGGACAAGUCUGUGGCCCAGCUGGCGGGCAGCCGGCGGAGGGCAGACUCAGACCGUAUCCAGCCCUCCUCAGACCGGGCAGGCGGCCUUCCCCGACCUUGGGAAAAGCCAGACAAGGGGGCCACCUACACCCCCCAGGCCCCCAAGAAGUUGACCCCCGCAGAGAAAGGCCGCUGUGCCUCCUUGGAGGAGAUCCUGUCUCAGCGGGACACUGCCCCAGCCUGCACCCUCCAAGUGCGGGCCGAGGACCCCCAAACCCUCAUCCCACCCCACCCGGGGCAGCUGUCCCGGAUCCAGGACCUGGUAGCAAGGAAACUGGAGAAGACUCAGGAGCUGCUGGCAGAGGUUCAGGGACUGGGAGACGGGAAGCGAAAAGCCAAGGACCCCCCUCGGUCUCCCCCUGACUCAGAGUCAGAGCAGCUGCUGCUGGAGACAGAGCGGCUGCUGGGAGAGGCGUCGUCCAAUUGGAGCCAGGCGAAGAGAGUGCUGCAGGAAGUCCGGGAGCUGAGGGACCUGUACAGACAGAUGGACCUACAGACCCCCGACUCCCACCUCAGACAGACCACCCAGCACAGUCAGUACCGGAAGAGCCUAAUGUGAAGGAAGGGGACAGGGCCUGGAACUUGGGGGCGCGCACAGACUCUUAUCUCCAAUUGUUGCAGGAUAAACCAUUUUUAUUUACCUCAGUCAAAAAAAGAAAAAAAACCACAAUCAAACUCAUUGCUCUUGCUGAUGUAUGACCUGCCUGCACCCCUCCUUUCCGUCCUUACCCCCCUCUAUCCCUCUGAGGCCUAAAUUGCCUCCGAUUUUGAGGAGGAGGUGACCAGCAGUAUUAACAAGCUUUUCCCUGGAUGGAGAGAGAAAGGCUAAUAAAGGCACAGUGUGACCGUUUUA